AUGAACGUCUUUCCCUUGGUGUUGGCAUUGGCUUUAGUUACUCCGACCGCAGUUGAAUGUAGGCGGGAUGUAUUCAGAGGUGCGUAUUAAAUACUGACUAAUUCUCUCUUUAUUGUUAUAAUCAUAAGAUAAAAAAUAGCUGUACCGCUCAAAUGAAUCAACGAAUCGCCUGAUCUUCAAUGUAAGAAAUAACUUUGUUAAAAGCUUUGGAGCUUUUCCCUGGAAUGUUCUUUCCGAGCUUGUUCGAAUUGGGCCUGUCGACCGUGUCGAGGACUACGGUCCAGUUUGUUUCCCUCGAUGCAAACGAAUCCUGUCUUCGAAACAGUUUUUAAAAGCAUUCGUUUAUCUCAUGCUAGAUUAUUAUCCCUGUAGCCUGCGCAGCAAGCGUUUUCGUGGGGUUUAGGAGCAAAGAAGGAGGAACGAGAGUCAAAGACCACGAGAAAAAUGGCGCAAGUAAAAGGGCAGGGAAGGGGUGGGGAAGAAAGGAAGAAAAAAAGUGUUUUUAGGUUUCUCAGUCUGACACAAGAAUUUACCUAUAAGUGGGUAUGCCUUAGCUAAUAUACACUGAGUACUUGACACUGAACUCACACUGGCUUGAUUUAUUGUGUGCUGUGUCCUAUGAAAAAUCUGAGGUCAAAAUAUACUUUUCUAGAAGGCACGUAUGGUCUCGAACUUUCGAAGAGUCCAUUGGGAUUAUUUCCGAGGGAAAAGUAUCAAAAGGGACAAUUUCUUCGCAGUAACAGAUUUAGCGGGGAAGUGCUUUGCACUUGAAGAAAAGAAGGUUCUUUUACCCGAAGGACUAAUCUGUACCUGUUUGCUAGCGGUACACCAGCCGGCAGGUUUGAAUUCCAAAUUCUUAUGGUGUUUGCUGUUUCAAGCUGAAAUGCGUAAACACACGAGCCCCUAUUUCUCACACCAAAUCCUUUUUCUUGUUGUUGAAAUGCACAAAACUGAAAACAGAAGCCUAACAAAUAAAAGAAAUUUCUGAUGCGCUUUAAGAGACAUGUGACUUUUGGUGCUAAAAUUCAUUAACAUGACACCGUACUUAACAGAAAAGUGUUGUUUCUGAUUACCAAGUAGAAAUUCUUGUCCAUUUGCCAGUUGUUGAAAUGUAGUUCUCAAACUCAUUAAUAAUUCAUUAAGAAAAUACAAAGGAAAUUAAUGUUUAAUGAGUGUUUGGAAAUCGGAUGAAACACUGCUUAGUAUUUGCAUCCUUAAUUUCUCCUUCAAAAAUGAUUUUGUUUGUACAGGUAAUCACAUGAUUUCGAGUGCAAUUUGGAAUAAAUAAGCACGAGUAAAUUUUUUCAAAGGCUAACAAAAUUGCACGAGCCCGUAGGGCGAGUGCAAUUUGUGGUCUUUGAAAAAAUUUACGAGUGCUUAUUUAUUCCAAAUUGCACGAGAAAAAUCAUGUGAUUACUUAUUAAUAAUAUUCAUGAAAAAAUUGCGAGAUAGCUUUAAAAUCUCUUUAAUAGGGAGUCAACCCGCGUAAACUACGUGCAAAAAUAAAUUAUUCAAAUGCUGCAAAUAUCAUCACACGUGCAGUCAAAACAACAUUUUGCUCGAUGUUUUUAAAGUUUGCAAGCUGCAGAAACGGGCUGAACAGUUCAUGGAAUUGUUCAAUGUGUUUGAAAUAAAGAUUCUGGGUUAUUACCUCGAGUUUUCCGCUCUUGCAGAGAAUUUCUUCUUCCUCCUCUGAUACUUGCCGAGCUUUGUUUGGGCGCUUACCACGGCCAGCCAAGCGAAGCUGUUUCGCUUUUUCCUCCAACACCUCUUUGGACGAACUAAAUUCUCGGUCACGUACAAUGGACAGGGUGCAGCCUUUGUUCUUUAAGUGUCUAUCAAGCGAUGCCUUCAUUACUUUAAGGCUUUCUGGUUCAUAAUCUUCACCUUUUUUGUAUUGUUUACUUCGGCGUAGAAAUGCUCGAGCAAAGUGUUAAGCUCAGCCGGCUCAUAAUUUUCUAUUUCAUCAGUAAUUACCUUACCUACGCACCAAUUCUUCCAAAAAGAGAGCCAAAAACCAGUGCUUUUCGCAGUGUUUUCCUUUUUAGAGCGGUUUUUCAGCUCCUCUACAGUUGUUUCGGUCGCAAAAGCAAAUGUGCUGCAAACGCCAACCAUUGCAGUUUUUGCUCGAAACUGGUCCGGAGCGGAUCCAAAUUUUGCGCCAUUUAGAUGGCGCAUUUGAUUGGCUCUCAGUGAGUUCCUUUGUUUUUUAGCCAAUCAGAAUGUCACGUUUGUUACUCUUUUCUGCACUAAAUUACCUUUUUUCUGCACUCAAUUACCUUUUUUCUGCACUGUGUUACCUAAAAACUGCAUUCCUCUUAGCCAAUCACAAUCGAGAAAUUUUUUCAUGUAUAGAGAAGAAAUAUCAAACAUUCGACACAGUGUUUCAUCACCAGAUGAAACACCUCGAAGUUCGUCAAAAAUACUCCGCUGCGCGUCGUAUUUUCAACUCUCUUCUCGGUGUUUCAUCUCGUGAUGAAACACUGCAUCUCAUGUUUGAUAUAUUACAUAGAGGCGCGCUGAUCUUGCUAGCUACUUGUGUUGUCCUAACAUUCUUACGGUCUAUCACGAAAAACGAACAAAAAUGAUAAGCGAACUAAAAAAAAGUGUCGCCGAAAAAACAAUACCGAUUGCUGUUCCGCCUUUGUACAAAAUUCUGUGAUCCCGCAAUGUUUAUAACCACCGUUAAAAGAGCCUAAGCAAUCUGGAAAAAGUCGGAUCGCAGAAAAAAAGAGUUUUCAAACACGCACUUUCAACAGUUGUUUUAAAAGACAAGUCGACUGACUCAACCUUGUCUCACUUUCCUUUUUGUUCGCAUUAACGUUUCUUGAUGUCGUCCUUGUUAAUUUAUUCUUGUGUUUUUCAACUUGCGGUUCUCAAUUCACUUUGUAUGCCAUUUUCCGCUAACUGUUUGGCACUGAACAAAGGUCUAAAAGCUCCAGUCGGAGAUUUUACCCCCUUUUAUUUUUUUAUUACACAGCCGCAGGCCAGGAACUUCUUAGUCAAAGAAAAACGCAGAUCGCAAGUCAAAAGUAUCAGAUAUUAUCUCAGCACCUUAAGUGGAGACAGAUUCACAUGACAGAAUUCUCAAGUGUAAUUCCCUUUAAAAAAUCACCUUGCUGUUUCGCCAGCCCUCGGGGUUCAAAGUCCGUAGUAUUGCAGUUUGUAAAUGAUACCGUUCUUAAAAAUUGAAAACAAGUGAAACAAGUUAGAUAUCAGACGAUAAAGCAAGUCGGUCAUUUUGUCAUUUAUACAAACUUAAUGUCAUUGGUUGUAGCCUGCGUAGCUGGCGGGAUAUGUUUUGGCGACCUAGCCAAGAGAAGAUUGGCCUGCGUAGCAAGAGUUUCAGUUUCGUUUCGGAGCAAACAAAGACUUCGGAUUUGGCCGCGCGCGAAAUGGAGCAAGCGCCAUUUUUCAUCGCGCGGUCUUUGACUCUCGUUCCUCGUUCUUUGCUCCGAAACCGCACGGAAAUGCUUGCUACGCAGACUACGAGAAGAUUGGGAUCAAAUCAAAAGAUCGGGAGAUCGGGAGAAGGAAUCAAGUCAUCCCGCACCGGCCUGUAAUGCAGGCUACCAAUGCAAAAAAAGUCUCGUAAAAGUAUUUAAACAAAAUUUAUAUGUGUCGACCAGGUUUACGGUAGUACUUCAUUACCAUCAACUGACGUGAUACAACUAGCCUGCGUAGCAGGCGCUUGGAAGUGGUGGGCACAAAAAUAAAACGGGCGCGCGAGAAGGAGACCUCGCGUGUCUCCCUCGCGCGCGCACGUUCUCUCUUUCGCCCACUACUUCCAAGCACACUUUGACUCUGAAGAUGACUAACGCACAGGUUGUCGAAACGUCAGUCACUGUCAACAACAGUUCCGGUUGAUCAUUCUCAACCUACUUGAGACUCUAUCGUGUAAUCAAAAUACCAGACUCCUUUGUGUAAACAUGGGAUUUUAAAUUCAAAAUUAAGGUGCCUAAACUUUUGUUAGUAUCUGGUGAGGAGGAGACAUACUCUUAUAUAGACCCGUAAUAAUGAGGUGUAUACUCGUGAACAAUCUCUUUAAUUGAAUCCCACAGGCCUUCGAAAAACCGUUGGAAACUGUCCAUACCAGAGACCAGCGGUGAAUUGCCAACAGGGUUUGUUCUUAUCAGAACACGAGGAAGAAUGUUUUGAAGAUGAAGAUUGCGAGACUUCUUUGAAGUGCUGCUCGAGAGGCUGUGAUAUGAAGUGCGUUGCUCCUGUCAAUUAUUCAGAAUGUAAGUUAUUUCAAUCAUGAACAGCUGUGGAACAGAAAGAAUAAAAAAUUUCUUGAGUGCGGCCCUUUCGCCGGCCCUGCUUGAGAAGACAGCCGACAUUUAGCGACGUCACCACUGGUUUCCACCGCGAAACGACGCCUGAGAAACAAGUGCAGAAAUUCCGUACUGAUGACGUGUCACUACCCUCUCUGGGUAAUGGUUCUGAUUGGUUGGAGCAAUCAGCCACGUAAACGCACUACUUAGAUCUGAUCUCGUUUUCUGAGAUCCGUCGAAAUCGCUUAAGCUUCUUGGCUUUGCUCCCUUUUCAGUUUGAAUCACUCCUUCGUGUCUGAACUCUUCGAUCGUCUCAGUGAUGCUUUAUAUAUUCUUUAAACAUUACUUUGAGGGGAAAGGGGAUCGUCAAAACGCAUUUCUUAAUUCAUAGGAUUAUAUCACAAAGUACCGGCUUUAUUAUGCCACUUACAUGAGUGGACGAGGACCAUACCCUUUCCCUUCCAGAAGAGGCCAAAGUUCUAUUUAGACAAAAAUUUCAAAUUUCAUUUUUGUCAAAUGGAGACAACUACGUACAGCGCCAUGUAAAACUACUGCCAAAGAGCCAAUAUAUGAAAUUCAUAUAUUCAACUUUAUCUUCCGCUUCUCGGGUAUAUUACGAGUCUUAUUAAUAAUGACCAGCUCCCAGAUGGCUUGCUACUGGGCUCCAUUAGUAAGAGCGCUGCGCCAGUAUCGCUUAAGGUCUGGGUUGGAAUGGCAAAAUGCCGGAAAACCUCAAUUUUUUCAUGCUUUUUUUCGCAACUGCAUAAGUUGCGCCUUAAAUUGACAUGACCUUCUUUGCUCUUUUCUCAUGAAAACGUUUAUCAUGGUUUUAAUUUCAGGGUGCAAAGUACCAGUUGAUCUCGGCAUGGUGUUUGAGCCCUACAAAACCGUUCUGGGAAACAUAACGAGAGUUGUUCGUAAAAUGUCAGUCUCAAAGAAGUCCACUCACAUUGCGCUGAGGACAAUUGAAAGGGAAAGCGAGUUGCUGCUCAAGUUUGAUGGAAGACAAACGCCAAACAAAGUUAAGAGAAUCAUCGAGAGCAUUACACCAAAGCAGCCGAGUAGAAAGAUUAUUAGACCUCUUAUUAGCGCCCUUGAGUUGGCCAAGGACAUGUUUAAUGAAACCAAUGGAAGAAGACCUGAAGCGAUUAAGGUAUUGCUGUAAAUCUAAAGUCCUUAAACUUUCAUUCAUGGUAAAAUUGCGAAAAAGGGUGUACAUGAACGGUAAGGGGGGAAGUUGAAGCCAAUAAGAAAAAACCAAGAGAAUUUGUAAAUAAGAGGAGACUUAAUAGAUGGUUAUCAGGUACAACAACAGAACUUGAAAACAGCGACCCUACAAUUUCAAGGUAGUAUCCAAUUUUUACCAUAGCCAUUCUUGACCUUAGUUUCCCUGUACUAAUAUGAUUUAUAGUAAACGAAAUUUGGCAAUUAGUUCUCGUUCGCCAUAAAAAAAGGAAAACCGUUGUCUUUUAUAUUUUUCCAGGUACUACCAACAUCAGGCAUCAUUAACCCAUCAGCUGUUGUUGUUACUCAGUGAUAUUGAAUUUUUUAUCUCUUAGUUGAGUCUCUGGUUAAAAAGACGCCCAAACGAGGUUUAUACACUGUAGAAUUGUGCCUCGUUUCUCUAUUUUCAAAACUACUGUUAACUGCAAUACCAGCUAUUUGUCACUCUGUAUACUUCAGGGAAAAAUAGGUACACGCUAAGGUUGGCGUAGAGAUUUCUCGUGGCAUCGUUCAGUGGUAGCCAACGACCAAAAUUAAUCAUAAUUAUGCAUGUCUGCCCAGACAGACGAUCCCAGACGUCGUUACCCCGAAAUAGAGGAUUUAGUGGAGAAUUGAGAGCUAAAUUUUUUAUGCAGUUUUGAUAAAAUGAUUUGAUUCGAUACAUUUAGUUGCUUUUAGCCUACGAAAACUGCUGAUGCCACCACUGGUUUCCCCGCGAAAUGACGUCUAAGAUGAGAAACGAAGGCAGAAAUUCUGCCAUACUGAUAACGUGUCACUACCCACAUCUGUGCAGUCAUGGUCGAGUAGUGCUUCUGACUGGUUGAAGCGAAUUUCCCUUGCGGCACUACCAAUCAGAGGCACUACCCAGAUCUGGGUAGUGACACGUCAUGAGAAUGGAAUUUCUGCAGUCGUAACUCAGACGUCAUAUUGCGGAGAAUCAGUGAUGGCGUCGCGCAAUGUCGGCUGUUUUCUCAGCCUAGGUUGCUUUUUUAACCAAUAGGUACUCCUGGUCUUCACGGACGGAAUGUUGGGAGAAGACGAAGAAGAGCAUCGCUUGGAAGCCGCAUCUCGUGCUUUAAAAGACUCUGGCAUCCUAGUGCAGUCCAUAAACAUCCCAGAGAUGGAAGAUACUGUUGACUUAAUGAACUUGGUUGAAAUAGCUUCUAGUGAUGUUUAUGUGUGGAAUGAAGUGGAUAACGAGGUUCUGACUCAGCUAAAGAAACUGGAGAGAGCUCCUUGCAACUACUUGUAG